AUGGUGGCGGCGGCGCCCGCCGUCUCCGUCCCCGACGUCGACCCGUGGUACGAUGCCCCCGCCGACUACGAGAAGCUGAAACCGGGCACCGUCCUCAAGAUCCGCAAAGCGCCGCUGAAGCCGCGCACCGUCUACUUCCCCAUCACGGUAAAGCAGGCGUGGCAGAUCAUGGUGCGCUCCGAGGACUCGCACGGCAAUGCCCUGUGGACGGUCACUUCAUUGCUCGAGCCGUUUAACGCCGACAACCACAAGUUGGUGCUGUACCAGAUCGCCGAGGACUCGCUGCUGUACAACUGUGCCCCGCUGUACGCCAUCAUGUACGGGGGGCUGAUGGCGACGAUUCUGUCGCAAGUAGAAAUGUUUGCCGUGCUGACGUUGUUGAACCAGGGCUACUGGGUGUCCACUCCCGACUACGAGGGCCAGACGGCGGCGUUCACCGCGGGACGGUUGGCGGGGAAGGGGGUGCUUGACUCCAUCCGCGGGGUGUUAAACUCGCAUAAUAUAACGGGGAUCGACCCCGACCCGGAUAUCAUCGCCUGGGGCUACCUGGGCGGGCUGCUUGCUCUGGGGUGGGCCGCCGCCCUCCAGCCCAAAUACGCCCCGGAAUUGAAACCGCGGUUGAAAGGGGUCGCCCUCGGCGGGUUUGUCACCAACAUCACCGAGACGGUGCUCGCCGUCGACGGGGGGCUCUUCUCGGGGUUGGUCGCCCUGGGCAUCACCGGCCUCGCCAGCGAGUACCCCCAGCUCGAGCCCAUCAUCAAGGACGAGUUGGGCAAGCACUACGACGAGUUUGCCCUGCUGCGCCACAUGUGCAUGGUGCCUCUGCUCUACUACUGGGCCGACAAUGCGAUUUUGAAGCCGUCGCCCGACACCAACUUUACCUAUUUCCAGGGGGGGAUGAAGCUUUUUGCCAACCAACAAGUGCAGAAAGUGCUUGCCGACGUCACCUUGGGCAUCGCCGACGACGAGGUGCCCCAGGUGCCCCUCUGGGUCUACCACGGCCAAUGGGACGAGAUCGUCCCCCACGUCAACACCGAGCGCGUCUACGACGCCUGGUGCCGCCAGGGGGUGCCCCUGUUCGAGUUCACCACCGACUUGACCGGCGGCCACAUCACCGACAUGUUUAUCGGCAUCCCCGCCGCCAUCGGCUGGAUCGAACGGCGGUUUGGCGGCGCCCCCGUGGUCAACGGGUGCGGCAAAAACCUGACGUUGUCGAUGUUGACCCACCCGCUAGCCGACCCGGCGCUUUCCCAGGUGCUAAAGCUGCUGGGGCUGGCGUUGUUUGGCGGCGAGCUUGGCCCCAACGGCGAGAACUUGACCCGGGCCGACUUGCACUCGCUCAGCAAGCGCGGCAUCCUCUCCGAGGCGACGUUGCUCCGCGUCAAACGGGGCGACACUGGCCCUUCGGCGUUGGGGGUCCGCGACACCGUCGGCGGCUGGCUCGCCGGAUUGUAA